UUCUCCUUUUUUGAGAGGGGAUUUUAUGUGCAGUACGGUCGGUAUUUCUUUUUUCUGUUCGAAACAAAAUGAAAGUGUAAGGCAAAGCUGAUAGACAGUAUAGUUAAGGAACAAAAGGAAACCGUUCAACCGUGUAACUUAGUUAGUGAACCACGGAAAGUAUCAUAUCAAGCAUCAUAGGUGGUAGGAAUAAGUACCAGAUCUUUACUAUUUUGGUUGUGUUGAUAAGUAUUUGAACGUUAUUACAGAACCAUUGUUUGUGCCCCCACCUGUCUCAAAUCAUAUCACUUUCAUUUCAAAUCUGCCGCAGUAACCAUUUUAUAAUUUGGCAAAUUGAUAUCAUAUAACUCACCAAAUCAAUUCAUUCAUCAUAGUUUAACUCAUCAUAUCUGGAUAUGCGGUUCAUAACUUACUAUUUGCUAGUGUUAUCACAGCUAAUAUUCACCACUUUGGCGUUGCCCCCAAAGUUGGGUCAAGAAAAUGAUCUUCAGAAACAAUAUUUAGUAACUACCCUUCCUGGAUUAUAUGAUAAUCUUAAAGCAAAUGAGAUUCCAUUGAUGUUUUCUGGUCAAUUGGAAUUAUAUCCAGAGACUAAUACCCAUUAUUUCUUUUGGAAGUUUUCUGAUGUGGAUAAAAUCCCUGAAAAUAAUAAAAGAACUAUAUUUUGGCUUAAUGGUGGUCCUGGAUGUUCAUCUAUGGAUGGGGCCUUAUUAGAAGCUGGUCCAUUUAGAAUCGAUAAAGAUAAAAAAGUCAUUUAUAAUUCCGGUUCUUGGCAUAAAGCUGGAGAUAUUAUCUUUGUGGAUCAACCCGGUGGAACUGGAUUUAGUUUUACUGAUUCUUAUGAUCAUGAAUUAGGCCAAAUUUCAGAUCAUUUCUUAAAAUUUUUAGAAAAAUACUUUGAAGUUUUCCCUGAUGAAAUUGAUAAUGAAAUCUAUUUUGCUGGUGAAAGUUAUGCAGGUCAAUAUAUUCCUUAUAUUGGUGAUGGAAUCUUAAAAUAUAAUAAAUUAGAAACCACUGAAAAACCUUAUAAUUUAAAGGGUUUAUUAAUUGGUAAUGGUUGGAUUUCACCUGAUGAACAAAGUUUAUCAUAUAUUCCUUAUGCAGUCCACGCCGGUUUUAUAAAACCCAGUAAUCCACAUUGGCAAGAACUUUUAGUUCAACAUCAAUUAUGUCAAAAAGUAGUUGAUAGAGUUGAUAAUUAUAAUGAUGAUAAAAUUCAUCAAGAUGAAAUUUCAAAUGUUGAUUGUGAUCGAAUUUUACAAUUUAUUUUACAAUAUACUAGAGAUACUAGUGGACCAAAGAAUGAACAAUGUAUCAAUAUGUAUGAUUACACUAAAAAGGAUAGUUAUCCAUCAUGUGGUAUGAAUUGGCCAGCAGAAUUAAAAUAUGUUACCCCAUUUUUAAGAGAAGAAGAAGUUAUGGGUGAUUUAAAUUUAAUAAAUCAUAAACAAUGGCAUGAAUGUGAUGGUAGAGUUGGAGGAAAUUUGAAUGCUCGUAAUUCUCAACCAGCAGUUCAUUUAUUACCUGGGAUUUUAGAACAAAUUCCAAUUGUUUUAUUUAAUGGUAAUUUAGAUAUUAUUUGUAAUUAUAUUGGUACCGAAAAUUUCAUUAAAAAAUUAACUUGGAAUGGUGAAAAGGGGUUUUCAGAAGAUGUUGAACCUAUUAAUUGGAUUUAUGAUGAUGAAACUGCUGGUUAUAUCAAGACAGAAAGAAAUUUAACUUUUGUUAAUGUAUUUGAUGCAUCUCAUAUGGUUCCAUAUGAUAAACCAGAAAUUUCAAGAGCAUUAUUAGAUUUAAUUACGGGAAAUUAUGAUGAUACUACAAAUAAAGGUGAUAAAAGGGCAUUUAUUACAUAUCCUCUUGGUGUAAGACAAGCAAAGAUUGCUGAUGAAGAAGCUGAAGCCCAAAAAGAAGCAGCAGCUUCAAGUAUUAGUGAAUCUAUUGCUAAUACUGCCAGUGAAAGUGAAUCCGAUGUUACUGAAACUAAACCAACUGAAACUGAUGAUGAUGAUGAAGUUAUUACUACUUCAUCUAGUACCGUUGAAGAAUCAGAAUCAUCAGAAGCAGAAUAUCAUUCAUCUCCAUCCACGAGUCGUAUCACUAGAUUAAUUCAAUUACUUGUAAUUCUUGUGUUAAUCUGGGGUGUUUAUGUACUUUAUUCAUCAUAUAAAUCAAGACCAUCAAGUAUAAUUAAAUCAGGUUCAAACUCAGGUAAGAAAAAGAAUGUCCAAUGGGCAGAUCAAUUAAGAAGAUUUCAAGAAGAUGAUGAAGAAGCUCAAGAUCAUCAACCUCAAAAUCAAGGAUUUCUCACUAAGACUUUUAAUAGAUUAACCGGAGUAGUAGGUGGAGAUGAUAGAGGGAAUUAUACUGCUACUAAAACAUAUGAAGAUAUAGAAUUAGGAGAAGGUAUAGCGAUGCAUGAUAAUGAUGAUCAAAAUUCUGAACCUAAUUUAGAUGAUUUCAUAAUUGAUAGUGAAGAUGAUGAAGCAGAAGAACAAGAAGGACAAGAAUUAGAAAGUGCUGGUACUUCUAAUGAACAAAUAGAUAGUCUCAUAACUCAUAAAAAUGAUGAUUGAACCAUAAGGUUUAAUCGUACAUAGUACUUUUAAAAUAUAAUAAAACAAGUUACGAUAUUUGCAACCAAUAGUAAUAAAUAUGUUUGUGUAAGUCGUGCGAUAUCCAAAAUUAAAAAUUCAUCAAAUAUGGUGAUGAAAAAAAAAUAGACCAAUAUACUAUGAUUU